AUGAAGUUUUCAUUGGUAUUUGUGUUGGUGUUUGUGGUCUAUAGGGUGGGCGCAGACCUACCGGCGGCUGCCAAGAAGCGGUGCGAAGAGUAUACAUCCAUCUUCGAGAACGACACCAUUGAACUGCAAUACGCCUAUUGCGAGGACAUCGGGGACGGCCGGGGCUAUACGUCAGGCCGCGCCGGCUUCUGCACGGGAACGGGAGAUGCGGUGGUUGUGGUGCGUAAGUACACCGCCAAGAAGGCGGACAACCCGCUCGCAAAAUUCCUGCCGGAGUUGGAGAAGUUGGCCAAAUCGGGCAGUGGGAGCACCAAAAACCUCAAGGGAUAUGUCGAGGCCUGGAAAGAGGCCGCCAAAGACUCUGCCUUCCAUCAGGUCCAGGACGAGGUCAGCGAUGAGAUGUACUACAGGUAUGCGUGA